AUGACGAAUGUCACGGCUUUUCCACAGGUUCGAGACUUCCUGAGAAAAUGUAAUCUUUCGCAGUAUUAUGACAGAUUCAUAUCCGAAGGAUUCGAUCAGCUACAAUUCGAAAGAACCGAAAUUUUCGAGGAGCUCCUUGAUGUCACCGAAUAUGAUCUGAUAGCUAUGGACGUCAAAAGAGGCCAUCGAAGGCGAUUGCAAAGAGAAAUCGCCUCAAUGAAGGGAGUUCCCCAAAAUAUGCCGUUAUACAUUCAACAUGGGACGGUAUUAGAAGACUCUUGUGCACUCGCGGAUCAUAAUGCUUCACAAAAAAUUCCUUACGUUAAUGGAACUUCAAAUUCAAGUGGAGCGACCGUUGUAUCCCCUCAAAUAAGAAGCAGGUCAACAAGAGACGAUGAUCCUCAGGAUCCACCAGAUUCCACGGAAGGUGGAAGUACUAAGCGUAAAUAUAAACGUCACCCAAAAAGGGAUAAGAACGCCCCCGUGAAGCCACUUUCCGCUUAUGUCAUGUUCGCUCAUAAAGUUCGCGAAGAGUACGCAGGGCAGAAUAUUUCAUUUCCCGAAAUGGCAAAGAUCGUCGGUGAUCGUUUGAAAACUGUCAGCCCCGAGGUUAAAGAGGCGAUCGAGAAUGAAGCCGCCAAAGCAAAGGAGGAAUACCAAGCGGCCAUGGCAGUGUAUAAGACAACUGAUUAUUGGAAGGCUCAAUUCUUCAUUGCAGCUCGAGAUUCAAGUAAAUCACGUAAGAGACAAAAUAUCGAACCCUCACCAGAUUCAGAUAAUGCGACACCUUCAGGUUAUUCUAGUACGCGGUCAACUUCCGUUGGAUAUGAGAACGGAAGUGGAAAUAUAAGCAGUGGAAGCAGUAAUGGAAACGGGAAUGGACAACAUUCCAAACAUCAAUUUCUUCCAAGUUCAUAUUCUAAUCAUGGGUAUCAACAACAUCAUCCAAAUUAUCCCCCCCACUCAAGCAGCUAUAUUCCUCCAUAUACACAUUACAACCCAUCUAUGCCGCCUUUCGGAUAUACGAACAAUAGCAUCGGACAAAAUGUCAGUAGCACUUUUGUAACCCCACCAUCAAGUAACAGUAACGGCACCCCGUCAACCACGUUGGCAGACUUUACCAGACAAGUUUUCGAGGAUUCCGACAACUCAACUUCAAGUUCAAACACUCCUCCUGCCGCUUUUGUGGAAACUGAAGAGAACCAAAGUAGUAAACAAGCGCAAAAAAAAACGAGAACAGAUCGCUAA